CAACCUUUUUCUUCCCCAAGUUCUCUCAGAGGCAUCGCCCACAGUCGCUCACUUCUCCUCACUCUAACACUCACAAGCCAUGCACUUUUCAACUACUGCCCUUGCUCUCCUUGCCUCUGCCUCCUCGGCUUUGGCGAUUACCAUCAACACGCCAUCGCCUUCCAGCUUUUGGGUUCAGAACACCUCCAAUACCAUUAGCUGGUCCUUCAACGCAGGCAGUGACCCGAAUCCUGUCAACAUCGAAAUUUCGAACUCAAACUCGAGUAUUCUGAACGGUAACUUUUCGGUCGCACAGUUUGUGGACUUGAGCAAUGGUUCCUUCAUCGUGUCGAACGUCACUCUUCUCGUUGCCACCGGCUAUACUGUAAACUUCGUCAACGUCACCAACCCGGUUCAGGUCUUCGCAUCCUCCCAACAAUUCGAGGUGAAAGCACCCGGAACAACCCCCGCGUCUAUCUCUAGCGCGUCUGCUGCUUCCACCGCUACCUCAGCUAGUGGUACCGCUUCAGGCACAAACUCCGCCAACCCGAGCGCAACCUCAAAUGCCGCAUCUCGUGGUGCUAUGGGCGAGUUCGUUACGCUGCCCGUCCUGAUUAGUGCGGGUAUGGCUCUUGCCGGUGGUCUUCUCGUCCUGUAAUAGGCUGUCAAUAACCCCUUGUACGCUUCCGCUUUUCCGUGUCUGUAUUUUCGGGCUACCCCGCUGUUGUCUCUGUUAUCCCAAAAGUACAGCAUGUAGGCAUCAAAAGGACGGAACUGUUAAAUACCCCCUUUUGCGCUGAUUGUUGAUGUUGUUUUUGUUCUACCUGUCUGUUCGUUGCUAUAGUGUUUGCUGGCCUGUCUUUAUCCCCAUUUUUACCAGAUCAUACCCACUCUCCGAGCGGUAGUCUACGUAUUACCUAUGUACGUUUUUUCUGGGUCUUUUUUGUAUGACGUACACUAGUAGGAACUAUGCUUGGACUUUGUCA